AUGAUGGGGCUCUUUCAAGCAUUCACUGGACGAGGUGAUACCGACAAAGAAGUAGAGCCUCCGAAGAAACUAGAUACCGUCUUCAAGUUUUACAAGUACAAGAGAGACUUCAACCAAUUCGUGGCGGAUUUGACCAAGGUAAUGGAGGAGAAUGCCGUUUCAUUUCGGGUAACUGGCAACAAUAUUGGUGAAAAGUUUCACCGGGUUUUCGAGCUUCAAUUGUUGAGAAGCGACGAGGCUCAUGACCCCGAGCUGAAGUCCAUUAUGGAAGAUGUGUUGUUAAGGAGAGGCAUGCCUAUUCCAACAAUGGGGUCGUGCUUUUACGUGGAUGGAGAUGAGUUGAGAUUGUUUCCUGGUCCGAAAUUCCCAAUGUCUCAUCUGCUCAACUGGGUGGGUUCCGAAAGGGACUUGACUUCUGUGCACGAGAUAACCAAUGAAGCUUCUAUCAAACUCAAAGUUGAGUUCAAGGAAGCAUCCUGGUUUUACCAAGAUGCGUUCCACCGUGUCGUGCUUCCUGGUAUGCCAGUUUCAGAAUUUUUAUCACUAUCGCUUGAAGCAUCCGGUGAAAGCGAGAAGGAUGACAGGUUGAUCGAGCCCUUUUUCGUUUCGGAAAUCUGUCUCGAACUACAAGAGUUUCUAGCUGUACGCAAGGAAGGCCGUAUUUAUCGAGAAGUGCGCAGACUGGAUUUACUAAGAACACUGCUCUUUGAAUUUUUGCCGCUUUCGAGAGAUUCUUUUUCGUUAUUGCCCGAUUGGUUUUCCUGCGAGUUGCCAAACAUUGGCCCGACGUUUUUCACCAAAGACUUAACGAGAAGCUAUGGCUUGAACGUAUCUGUCAGAAUCUCACACAAGAGUAUCCCGAAUUUCAACGUGUCUGUAUUCAUUGAGCUCAAUGUUGCACAAGAACAGCUGGAGCGAGUGGAUUCAUCCACGAUCAAAUAUUUUGAUGCGUUCCGUGGUCGUGGUUGCAAAACUAAAGCUAUGAAUUUGGAGGAUACCCGAGGUUUGAUGCCCUUUAUGAUCCACUGCCAGCGUAUGAUGCACGACUGCAGAUAUAGUUUCGUCAAUGACCUGCUUCAGUGUCUAAGAAAUGGCUCACUUGGUUGCAUGUACUAUGCCAUUUCCGGAUACAUAGCAAACUUUUACGUUGAUGACUACAUUCCUUUUCCGCUCCGCUUUCCAUGGCAAAGAAAAGAGCCUGAAAAGCCUGUGGUUUUGGUGAAAAAAGUUCAAGGCCCAGAGCAAGAGUUGGGUAUUGCGUCAUUGUAA